AUGAGUUCAUCUGAAAAAUUGACGUUAUCUGGUGAUUCCAACUCGAAGAAAGCAAAAGACGAAGCGUCGAUAAAACUCAUCGGGAAAAGGGGUGUGUCUUUCGGUCUCUCCAUCGGCGUUAAGGGGAAAGAUGUUGCCUCCUCCGGCAUCAGAGGAAAAGCCAUUGUCUCCGACAACGAGCCUUAUCACUAUCUACUAGGACGCCUUCUCAGGUCUUCAUGGACAGUGAUGUUGAAGAAACCCGUUGCUUGGUUUGAGUGCACAACAACUAUUGAUAAUGUUGUGCACGGUUCUAAGUGGUAUUAUAUAGGCUGUGGUGUUUGCCAUACAAAGGAAAUCAAAGGGCCUACAACGCUAAUGUCUAAAAAAUGUGGGAAGAGUGAAAUUUUUGGAGUGGCACAGCACCUGUCGAAGAUUUCUGUGUAUGACAACAAUGACCAAGCCGUCUUUGUUCUCCUUGGUGAUGCUGGUCAGGAGUUGACCGGAAAGAAAGCAUCUGAGUUGGUUGAGCACUAUACGAGUGUAGGCGAUGAUCACAUUGUUCCGGUACCUCAAGCUCUGAUUGAUACCAUUGGGCAGACAAGAGUUCAUUGUGAAGGUAUCAAACACAAUUUCACCGGCAAGAUCCAGACUCUCACUAUCACAAUGGUGCUCCCUCUUGAAGACCCAGAAGCUGAAGGCAACUUAGGAGAAAACGUAAAGGAGGAACCUGUCGAUGAUAAAGAGGAACCUGCAGAUGAUUCGUUGAAGAGGAGUUCUGAUGGGAUUGCAACAGGAGAGACCAAGCGUGCCAAAUGUGGCUAA